AUGCUGGUGAAUCUACUCCUGCUAUUGCUCCUGUCAAUAUUCUCGGCAACAGGGGCACAUAAGCUCCCUGAGCCUACGGAGCCCCCCUCCUCUCGAGCCCCGCUUGGUGAGUGAAUACCUUGGGUUAGGUCAUAACAUUAUUUGAAUUCUUCUUUCUUCUUCUUUCUCCCCUUUGCAAUAAAACAAAGAAAAUGUCACCAAAAAUGUCGGCGACCGCCGAUUCCAAAACAUACAGACUCAUGAGCACCGCUUUCCCUUAUAUAGUGCGAAUGUUCUAAAAAGAGCUUUUUGUGCUUAACGAUGGUAUUCUUCACGCUCCUGUGUUUGCUCUUCCUAGCUCAAGACAUUAAGGGAGACGAGUGUAAGUCUUUUAUGGAAAUCGUAUUUAAACCUGUCAAAAAUUUUGAUUUAAAAAUAGUCAAUAAUACUAAUAAUACUCCAAUCCGUUUGCAGUCGACCUGUUCACAUCCUUCCCCAAAUGCAUGAGCACCGCCUGGCGCGACACCUACAAUCAGGCCACUUUCGGUACAUUCUCAUUUUGCAAUAUUAAACCUCAUCUUACCUCCCUCUCGUUCUCAGUGGCAGUGGUGGACGCGAUCAGCACGGCGCUGCAGAACGACGGAUCAUUUAUCGUGUCCUACAACGAGUUCCACCGCUUUAAAGGAGUAAACGCGCCCCAGCUUCGAACUGCCAAAGAUCCGAUCGUUCCCGGAAAUCGUUACCUGGUGGCAAGUAAGCAAUUUUAAACCGAGACCAAAAUGUUUAUUGUGCUUAUACUAUAAGUUAUACAUUGGAAGCUGCAACUACUUUUACUCACAAAUACGAUUGGCAAGCGCCGUAUGUGCAUAUAAAUUGUAUAUUUACAGCUAUCGACUUCAUAUUUCUGUUUUUAUUUGUCCUUUUUCAGCCUUGGAUGAUGGCCGCUUGUACUAUUGCAAGAGCUUCUCGUCGGUCGACGGAGGAGUCCCCUCGGGCGCCCCUCGAUACAUGAACGUGCCGAUGGCCCUCAUUCUCAAGAUCAAUGACUGGAGCAAUGAGGGCAACUCUCGUCUCACGCAGGCUGUUCCCAAGAAGAAGCUGAGCGACAAUGUCUUCAGCGAUUUCUAG